UUAUAAACCGUUUAGAAAGAUGUCAAUUUGUCCAAACAACAACUUUGUGUUGAUGUCAUGGUUAUUUGUGCGGGCUUUUCGAUUUAUUUGGCGUUGUGUGUUAAAACCUUUGUACUGGAUAUGACUUGGUGACUCGCUCAGAGAGCGACAGGAGGGGCCAUGGCGGUCGGAGAGAGCCAGCUUCAGAGGAUUAUCCGAGAUCUGCAUGAUGCUGUUGCAGAGCUUGAAAAGGAGUACAAAGAAAGUGGGGAGCCAAUCACAGAUGACAGCGUCAAUCUGCACAAAUUCUCCUACAAACUGGAGUAUCUGCUACAGUUUGACCAAAAGGAGAAAACAACUUUUCUGGGCACCAAGAAGGACUACUGGGAUUACUUCAACGACUGCCUGGCUAAGACCAAAGGAGCAAAUGAUGGCAUCCGUUUUGUCAAAUCCAUUUCUGAGCUGAGGACAUCUCUGGGAAAGGGACGAGCAUUCAUCCGCUACUCCCUCGUUCAUCAGCGAUUGGGUGACACACUGCAGCAGUGCCUGAUGAACCAGAGAGUCACCAGUGACUGGUACUAUGCAAGGAGCCCCUUCUUGAAGCCUCAACUCAGCUCUGACAUAAUUAAUCAUCUGUACGAGCUCAACGAGGUCCAGUUUGAUGUGGCUUCCAGAGGUCAUGACCUCGAUGCUUCUUGGCCAACAUUUGCAAGGAGGACAGUGGGAAGUGCAAAUUCACCUGGCCACAUGUGGAAACCACCAAGUCGUAGUUCCAGUAUUAAUAGUCUGGCCAGUUCCUAUUCCCAGCAAGCUCCUGAGUGUGCCUCCAGCCCAGACUAUGGGCACAGUUUGCUGAACGAUCUGAAUGAUUCACUGCCUGCCUGCAUGGAAGAUGGCAACACAGUUGAAAACCUUCGCCUGGAGCUGGAUCAGUCAGAGCUAAAGCAGAGAAAUCUCCUUGAUAAGGUUCAGCAGCUUGGCGAGGAGUCUGGCGAGUUGAAAGGAGUGAUUGAAGAGCUUCAGAGGCAGCUUGAUGUGUCGCUCGCUGCUCAAGAAGGACACCGAGGCUUGCAGGAAGAACUCGGAGUCCUGCAGGGGCGAGACGUUGUCCUAACCAGACAGGUGGAAGCACUCAGGGCCGAGGAAAAAGCCAAGGAAACUCAGCUUGUCUCGCUUCAGGAAAAGCUAGCAGCUACUGAGCAAAAGAACAUGGAGCUUAUGGCGAAGUUGGAUGGGUUUCUAGAUGAGAAAGGCCAGCAGGCUGCCAGUCAUUUUGAUUCAGCGCUUAAGAUUCAUGAGCUGUUGGACAAAUUGAAAGAGGCAGAGAAAGUAAAGAUGGAGGCUGAAGGUAAGAUGGUGGAAAACAGGAGGCAGGUAGAAAGACUGGAGGAAGAAGUACGAGUUAAUGAGAUGAAGUCCAAGGAGAAUGAAACAAAAUUUGAGGCGUUGCUUACAUCUUCGUCUGAGGAGAAGGCCAAGUUGAAUGCAAAAGUGGAGGAGCAGUUCAGUACUCUGGAAAAGCUCCAGUUGAACCUGGCACUGAGAGAAAAGGAGGCAAGCAGUCUACAAAGACAGCUGCAGGAUGUCCAACAAUCUCUAGAGGAGAAAGAGCGAGAGUUAGAGGAGGUGAAGAGGGGGGCAAAGCAAGAAAUGGAAGCGAUGCAGAAGAAUAUUGACGACUUGAAGGAGUGUUUAGAGGGAAAGGUUGCUGAAAUUACUGUACAGCUUACAAACAAAGAAGCAGAAUUAAGCUCCAGCAGUGAGACACUACAGAAGCUUGAAUCCAAGAACCAAAUACUGACCACAGAAAGGGACGAACUGACCACUAGCCUCGAUCAGCACAAGGCUAAGCUCAAUGAACAGGCUGCCAAGAUAGAAGACUACCAGACGCAGUGUGCCAGUUUACAGGAAUUAAAAGAGAAGCUGCAGGCCACAGUGAGUAGAAACGAGGAGCAGCAAAAUGAGAUGACGGAGCACAGAGCAGCGCUGGAGGCUGAACUAGCAGCUCUAAGAGCUUCAGAGAAACAGCUCAGAGGCCAGAUGGACGAUGCCAAGAUGACGGUGGAUGAAAAGGAGAAAGUGCUGCGUGAGGAGAACCGCAGUCUGGAUGAGAGUCUGCAGCGAGCCACAAUGGCUGCGAAACAAUCGGAGGUGACUUCGAAGCGGCUAGAGCAGGAGAACCAGACUCUGAGAGAGGAGCUGGAUGAUUUGAAAGAAACUCUUAGUCGCACAGAGACGGAGUUGAAGAACGCCCGCAUUCACAUCGAAGAACACAAAAAAAACCUAGAGGCUUCAAACACCAAAUUAGUCAGCCUGCAAGAGCAGCUCAGCGCGAAAGAAGAACAGCUGGAGAAUAAAGAAAAAGAAGUUGUUAAGUUGAUGUCAACAUUACAGGAGUUGGAGGCUAAGGAGAAGGACAAUGAGAUGGCCAAAGCCAACGCAGAAGCAACUUGUGCCAAACAGGCUGAACUGAUUGAAAGGGUAACAUCCGAGAAACGGGCAAUAGAGACAUUACAGCUAGAAAGGAGCUCAGUCCAAGCAAAGGAGAACCAGGAAGUUACUGCCCAGCUUACUGUGGUUGAGGGCCAGUUGGACAUUAGCAUGAAAGAGGUCUCUAGACUCCAGGGAGAGAUCCUGGACCUGAAGGUGCAGGUGCAGAGAUCUGAGGAGGAAAAGCUGAAAUCCCAUGCACAGCUCGAGGUUACAGAGGCCCAAAGAGACGAGCUGAGGUCUCUUACUGAGCAGCUUAAAUCCCAAGUAGAGGCACUCAACCAGAAGCACGUAGCCGAACUCCUGGAGUGCAAAAAGAAAGAGGAGACUCUGGUUCAACAGCGCAAUCGAGAAGCAGUGGCCCACGCCGAACUUGCCGUUUCUUCCUCUGCCGUCCGAGAAGAGCUGGCUGCUCUCAAAGCUGAAAACAACAAGCUGGCUUUAGAGAACACAGAGAUCCGUGAGGGUUUGCACAGAGCAAACACCGAGAUGGCAGAACUGGGGAUGUCCAUCUGCAAGCUGAAUGCGGAAAGGGAAGAAGCCAGCGAACACUUGGCAGGGGACGCUGCCAAGAUCGAAGAGUUGGAGAAGGAGGUGGAGCGGAUCGAGGAGUGCAUGAAUGCCCUGCGGCAGGAGAACAACAGUUUGCGAGAGGAGCUGACGCAGAAGGAAUCCCUCCCUAGGGCCAUUACAGAGCUCCAGGAAGAGCUGGAAAAAGCCAAGAACCAAGUGAACAGCGUAAAGGAAUGCUACCAAGAGGAGAUGGAUGCUGUGAAGUUUCAAAUGAGCUCUGAGACCAUGAGUCAUCAGGCUCAAAUAAAGGCUGCGACUGAAAAUUUGGAGAAGGUUUCAGCACAGCUGGAGGAGGAACAGAAGAACGUGUCCAGCUUGGAGGCAGAAGUGUCUGAACUCAAGGCUGCAAAUGAGAAAUACUUGCAGCUAAUUGGCGAGAAAGAUGCUUACAUCACGCAGGUGGAGGCCACCAUCCGCGAGAACGAAGGCAAAAUUCAGCAACUCGGCAGCUCUACGGCCAGCAUCGAAGAGGCACAUUUGUCUAUGCAAACUCUGUGUGAGGAACUGAAGCAGAAACUUGAAGCAACAGAGGCUGAGAAACAAAGUCAGUAUCUGACAAUGUCGGCAGAGAUUGAAGACCUCAACAGCACAAAGAUCAACCUGGAAGAGAGGCUCAUUGAGCUUAUUAAGGACAAAGAUGCUCUGUGGCAGAAGUCAGAUGCUCUGGAGUUUGAGCAGAAACUACGAGCUGAGGAGCGCUGGUGGUUGGUUGACAAGGAGGCCACACACUGCCUCGGCUGCAACGAGCAGUUCACCUGGUGGGUGCGCAGACAUCACUGCAGAGUUUGCGGCCGGAUCUUCUGCUACGGCUGCAGCAACAACUUUGUCUUGACGAAACACAGUGGGAAGAAGGAGCGCUGCUGCAGCGACUGCUACGUGCAGCACAAUGCGGUGGAGGAGAAGUUCAUAGAGCCAGAGAUGAGUUCUUCAGCUAGAGCCGGACCUCAGCCUCCGCCUGAGCCCGCUCCCCCCAAGUCGCCUUCCAGCGCAGCAGUUUCGGGCACCGGUAUCAAAUCUGAUGAUGGGGGCUAUGACAUCAUCACAGAAGAGGAGGUGAACGGCGUCUACGACAGUGACAGCAACUCUCAGACCACAGGAGGUUCGCUGGAGGGAGAGCAAGACCGCCAGCAGCCAGGAGCUCGUGAAACUGGCCCCGGCGAGGUGGCCCCCGACGACGACAGCGUCCCCCCCGUCCAGGACUCAGAGAUUAACCUCCUCAGAUCAGGAGACGUCACACUCGCUGUCCCUCUCAGCGUCGAGGACAUUUCCCAGUUUGGUGACGGCUCCAGGGAGCUCUUCAUCAAGUCCAGCUGCUACAGCACCAUUAACAUAACCGUGGCAGAUUGUGAGGCAACCAUCGGCUGGAUGUUCUCCUCUGAGCCCAAGAGCAUCUCUUUAGGCGUGGUUUACCGGGAGUCCAGUGACAGUGAAGUGGAGCAGGCGAAGGUUCUGAUUCCUCUGACUCGCUGCAAUUCCCAUAAAGAGACAAUUCAGGGACAAGUGAAAGCUCGGCACCCUGGCCUCUACACACUCAUCUUUGACAACUCCUUCUCCAGGUUUAUCUCCAAGAAAGUUUUUUACCAUCUGACCCUGGAGAAGCCCAUAAUCUAUGAUGGAAGUGAUGGACCCUGAAGCUUUGUGACUCUCGCACAGGUGAACCUGCAGCUUCUGUGGGUGGCAACUAAAGGGAAACUGACAAGAUAUCAAUGCAGUGACUUCAUUUUAUUUUCUUUUUAUAUUAUAAACCAAGUAUCUUCAUACAUUUUUAUUCUUGAAUUAUUUUUUUGUUUUUUUGGGGUUGUUUUAAGGGUGGGCCUAGUAAGUCUUCAAAAAAAAAGGCUAAAUGACUUUAAAGAAAAUAUCUAUGCACGUUUUUGGAUGUUUUUCUUCAUUUCACUCACCAAGUAAAACAUAAACAUUAGUUUGUUUAGGUAUUGCUGUAUUUUGUCUGUUUGAUUUCAAUGCACACUGUUGUUAUUUGUCUUUUCAUGUUUUAACACUAGUGGCGCAAUAUCAGAUCUAAAAAAAAUGCACAGAAAGAUUUUAGCACGUAGAUUUCCAUAAGGUGGACAUUUUUAUCGAUAAAUGAAGCUUUUAUAAUCAAAUUGCACAAACCAGCACAAGUUCAUACAAUGAUGUCAUGUUGAAACAGUUUGUUUGGAUGUUACAUUUGCACUCUCACUGUGGGAUCGAGCGGUGAUGAGGGUUUGGGAAAAGCACAGGUUUUUUUUUUUUUUUUUUUUUUUUUCCAAAAAAACCACGGAGCUUGCACUCUUUUUAUGAUUGUUAUACAUUUGUUCUCCAGUAUCCCAUUUAUAGGGCCUCAUAAACUUCAGAUUUCCUGAAGUUUAUGAGGUCAUUAAAGUAACUUUCCUGUGACUAUCAGCUAAAAAGUUCCUACUCCUUCAAAGUGCCUCUUCAUCAUCACUGCCAUGGCUAUGUGUUUUUAAUUUUUAUGUUUCACUUUCUACUUUUUAUUUAAAAUUUCUGUGUUAUUUCUGUCAGUUAAAGCGUGUUUUUUCCUCUUCAGACUUUGCGUGAUGCAAAAUAAUUUUAAUUUGUCCGAGCAGACCGUUAAGGAAGACAAUCACUUCUUCUUUUAUUUUUGCACAACCCCACUCUACCCAGCGAACCAAGUUUGUAAAGGGCUGUUUCAAUCAAGUAUGUUUCGUGAAAGUUAGAUUUUUGUUUCUAUUUUUAAGGGUUGUGGACUGGUGUAAAAUCCUAUGCAAAACCUCAACUACCUACAAAUCUUUUUUUGUUUUUUUCUAAAUUUUAAAUCAGUUAAGAUUUAGAUUUUCUUUAUCAAUAACUUGCAGAGAGGAAUUUUCUAUUUUUCCUUUGUAAGUCUAUUUUCAGAGCAAUACAAUUUUGCUUAAAUCGUCUUAACAGCCGUGUGCGGGAAGCAAACAACUGUUAAAAAAAUAAAAUAAAAUAAAAUGUGUGAUUAUUCUCA